GGGGAGGUGGGGGGGGGACUGGGUUCCGUACGAGAAUAUGGCGCUUAGGUUACUGGAGGCGGAAACUCUGCGGCUUCCGGUCCAGCAUCGGGCCUGCGGUGGGAGGGGGAAGGAAGGCGGAGGUAACCAUGCGAGCUUCUGAUAUCUGCGGUGAGAGUCGUUUGGAGAGGCCGUUUGUUUCUGAGCAGGAAAUACGAAAUCCCCAACACUUCCUCCCUCCGGGGGAUUUGAUCCCCCAUGGCUACCGCUAACAGCAUCAUUGUGCUGGAUGAUGAUGACGAAGAUGAAGCUGCUCAGCCAGGGCCCUCUCACCCACCCCCCAAUCCGGCCUCACCCCAGGCAGAAGCCCCUGGCUCCUCCCAGCCCCAUGGGGCUGGAGGAAGCAGUAGUUCGGGCGGCAAGAAAUGCUACAAGUUGGAGAAUGAGAAGCUGUUUGAAGAGUUCCUUGAACUGUGUAAGGCGCAGACAGCAGACCACCCUGACGUGGUCCCGUUCCUUUGUAAACGGCAGCAGCGUGCCCACUCUCUGUUUUUGGCCUCAGCGGAGUUUUACAACAUCCUCUCUCGGGUCCUGUCUCGGGCCCAGAGCAGGCCAGCUAAGCUCUAUGUCCACAUUAACGAGCUCUGCACUGUUCUCAAGGCUCACUCAGCCAAGAAAAAGCUGAACCUGGCCCCUGCUGCCACCACCUCUGGCGAGCCCUCUGGGAGUAACCCUCCCACAGACACCUCCACGGAUGCCACAAAUGCCGAGGCCACUGGCUCUGAGGCCCCAAGGACCCGUGGUUCCCGGCGGCAGAUCCAGCGUUUGGAGCAACUGCUAGCAAUCUAUGUGGCAGAGAUUCAGAGGCUGCAGGAAAAAGAGCUGGAUCUCAAAGAAUUGGAUGACCCAGACUCCACAUACUUGCAGGAGGCAAGGUUGAAACGGAAGCUAAUCCGACUCUUUGGGCGGCUGUGUGAACUGAAAGACUGCUCUUCACUGACAGGCCGGGUCAUAGAGCAGCGCAUUCCCUACCGUGGGACUCGCUACCCAGAGGUUAACAGGCGCAUCGAACGGCUCAUCAACAAGCCGGGGCCUGAUGCCUUCCCUGACUAUGGAGAUGUGUUGCGGGCUGUAGAGAAGGCAGCUGCCCGCCACAGCCUUGGCCUCCCCCGACAGCAGCUCCAGCUCAUGGCUCAGGAUGCUUUCCGAGACGUGGGCGUCAGGUUACAGGAGCGACGCCACCUUGAUCUCAUCUACAACUUUGGCUGUCACCUCACAGAUGACUAUACACCAGGCGUUGACCCCGCACUGUCAGAUCCUGCCCUAGCCCGGCGCCUGCGGGAAAACCGGAGCUUAGCUAUGAGCCGGCUGGAUGAAGUCAUCUCCAAAUAUGCGAUGAUGCAAGACAAGAGUGAGGAGGGCGAGAGACAGAAGAGAAGAGCCCGGCUCCCCCAAGCCACCUCUUCCCAUUCUGUGGACCCCCCCAAAGGCUCCUUGGAUUCUGGUGAGGGCCCUAGUGGAAUGGCAUCCCAGGAGUGCCCUACCACCUUCAAGGUUGAGACCGAGGACGAAGAUGAGGAAAGUGAUGAAGAAGAGGAGGAGGAGGAAGAGGAGGAGGAGGAGGAGGAGGAGGAGGAGGAGGAGGAAGAGGUCACAGAUUCUGAAGAGGAGGAGGACUUGGAACAGACGCAGGAAGGUAAUGAUGGAGACAAGAGCCCCAUGUCCCCACCACAGAUCUCCACUGAAAAGAACCUGGAACCUAGCAAAGGGGUCAACAGGUCUUCAGGGGAGCAGCAAAACGAAGGACUCAUAGUGUCACCAUCUUCACCUUCAGAGGAGCCCCCGGCCCCCUCCAGUAUAGAUGCUGAAAGCAAUGGAGAAUACCUCAAGGAGUUGCCUGCGGAGAAAGAGAGCCCGGUGUCUCAGGUCUUUGAGCUAGAGAUUGAAGCCUUGACUGUGGAUACCCCCCCUUCCCUUGGGGAGGGGGACAUUUCCUCUUCCAGGAAGCAAACAGAGGACCCCCUCACCACUGUCUUGGAGAAUGGAGCAGUCAUGGUGACCUCCACUUCCUUCAAUGGAGGUGUCUCUCCUCACACCUGGGGAGAUUCCAGUCCUCCCUGCAAGAAAUCUCGGAAGGAGGGACAAACAGGAGCAGGGCCAUUAGAAGACAGCUAUGUGGAAGGGCAAAGGGCAGUCCCCGAGAAGACUGGGAAGAAAAUCUGUACCCUGCCCAGCCCACCUUCCCCCUUGGCUUCCAUGGGCCCCGUUGCUGACUCCUCAACAAGGGUGGACUCUCCUAGCCAUGGCCUGGUGACCAGCUCCCUGUGUAGCCCGUCUCCAGCCCGGGUGUCCCUCGUCGCUCAGUCACAACCCGCCCAGCCUGGUACUUACAAGAUGAGCGUGGCCACACAGUGCGACCCAGAGGAGAUCAUCGUGCUCUCAGACUCUGACUAGCCGCCUCCCCACCAGCUGCCUCCACAGUGUUGCGAUAGUAUUUGGAGGAUUGUGGGAAACAUGACUGAGGAAGGGAAGGACUGAGUUAACCCUCUUUUGGUGGUGUUUCUUUAGGGGAAAAAACAAACAAGUUUUACACAGAAACAUUAAUAAACAAUAAAGUUCUUUUCUUAUUGUA